UUCAUAUUUGGGGUGAUUUCUCUCUCUUUUUUUUUUAUUAACAAUUUUUAAUCAUUUGUACAACCAUUUUUCAGGAAAGGGGAGAGAGAAGAGAGAAGGGAAGAGAAGAGAAGAAAAGGAGGAGAUCUGGCUACCACACAAAAUUACGUAGAAUUUAUUAACAUUCUGAAAAGAAAUCCUAAAAAGGAUGAAACUGGACAUGUCACCAAGCAAAACAACAUCAACGCAAUUCUGUAGAAUACAAGUGACAUCAGAAAAUGGAGCUCUGUGCAUCAUCAAUCCCCUCUACUUACAUGAGCAUGGUGAUACAUGGCUAACCGAUAGCUCUCGAAAUAAGAUGGAAAACAGGAUGAGCGUCCCAUGGUGCUAUGGGCAAAGUGGAAACAGAGGAUCCAUGGAUUGGAGGAGGAUGUCAAUUUAUGGACAAAGGCCUGGAAAUAUAAGGCAUGGUAAAGAAGAUAUGAACAAAAAAUAUUCCAGUGAGACAGAAGGACUGUCAGACGUUUAUAGAAGGCUCAGUAUAGAUAAAGACAAUGAAAUAGCAAUACAGACAGAAAACAGCCCAACAGGGAUUUCUGCAGCUGAAGGGGAAUCAGAUUCAGAGGCAACAAACAAAGAUACAUGCUGGAACUCAGAAGUGAUGACCCACCAGAAAACCAAUCCAUCAGAAAACGCAAAGGAGGCAUUAAGAGGUUCCCGGGAAGAGAAUGCCCUUCUGGGACAUAAAGCAAGUGAAUGGAGAAAUAAUCUGAGACGACACAGAGUCUCUUGGGUUGAAGUGGAACAUUCAGCAGAAUGUAUAUUAAAGAAAUGCAGUUCAGAAACUUCACUUAGUUCCUCAGACAGCUUUCUUCUUCCUCCACCCCCAGAGCUAGACUCUGUAUCUAUCAGUAGUAUUGAAGAAGAAAUGGAUUGUCACUCUAUAAAUAGUGGGAAAAAACAUGCUCAUGGACUUGGAGACAUGGUGAGACACAGCCUUCUAGCUGUCAGCACCAUAUUGUCAGGCCUUGUCUCUCCAGAAAAACAUCUUAGUAAUAGGAUUCAACAACUUGCAGCAGAUCCAUCCUGUUACCUUGGUAGUAUGGUACAAAGAUUUCAUUGUCACAUGUUCAAGGAAUAUGGCCAGUACAAAUCUAGCAUUGAUAUGCUGCAGAGCAUGCGUCAGCUGAUUACAAACCUCAAGUCCCAUUUGCUCGAGAGCAAUGAAAUCUGGGAAAUACUGGAACAUCAAGAGAUUGAUGAACAUAAAUUAGCUUCCAUUGUUGAGGCUUCUCUAUACAAAUGUAUACUGAAGCCUACCCAAGAUGUGAUUUACUCUCUGCUUCUGGAUUUUCAUCGAAAUGAUGGGUCAUUAACCAAAUUAUUAGAAAACCAGGAGAAGAUGAAGGGAAUGAGUAGUCAAAAACCUCGUUCUGGUGUACCAGGCCCUGCUAUUAUGGAGAAGAUUCAAAAUACAUUUUCCCUUAUGCACGUGACCUACUCCCCAGAAAAGAUGAUCAGGCUCUUGCUGAAGGUUUGCAAACACAUAUAUGAAUCCAUGGAAGCCGCAAGUGGAAAGAAAGGAGCCUUUGGUGCUGAUGACUUCUUACCAGUAUUAAUCCAUGUUUUGCUGAGUUGUGACCUGACUUCUCUGCAGCUUGAUGUGGAAUAUAUUAUGGAACUCGUGGAUCCUUCUCAGCUUCAGGGAGAAGGUGGUUAUUAUCUGACUACACUGUUUGGAGCCCUUUAUCACAUCAGCAGCUUUAAUACGGUGUCCAGGCAGCUCAGUGCAGAAGCACAAAAUUCAAUACGCCAAUGGCAACGUAGACGGACAAUUCACUAUAAAAACACUUCUCAAAACCGCAUUAAAAAUGUGAGAAAUGAAAACUCCGAUGCACAAUGUACACCAGAAAAAGAAGCAGAGUAAUUAUUUUGGAUUCAAGACGUUAUUUCAUAUUGUAUAAAGUUUAAAAGCUGGUUUCUCAUUAAACUUUGAUGUCUUUUGAUGAGGAAAGACGAACAUGUGUGGGAUCCAAUGUUAAAAGACAGGAGUUGGCAUAUUGUCCCUUUUCCCACAAAGAACAGUGAACAGUUUGGUAGAUACCAACAGCAUCUGAACAGUAAUUCUGAACUGCUGCAUUGGCUGUAAUUGUGUAAUUGCUUCUACCCUUGUGGAAUCUGUUUCAGACAACAUUAAUCACUUGAAAGACAAAUAAACUGGUUUCAGAUUUAAAGAUGCAUCUCUAUAAACAAUUUUCCUCCAACAAA